CAAGAUGACCUCAAACUGUUUUAAAACAUUUUAACUUGCCCUGAAGAAUCUUGAUGAUUUUUUAAUAAAUGUUGUAUAAAAUUCUUUUACAGCUUCAGAUUUUUAAAUAGGAUCAUUGUAAAGAUUAAUAAUGUUUUAAUAUAGUCACAUAGUCCCUGGUCCAUGAUAAGUGUUAAAUUUUUCAGUUACCCUUAGUAACUGGUAUAAUGUAGCUGAAAGUACUCUAUAUUCAGACAGACCUGAAUUUGAAUCCCAGCUCUAUGACUUAUAUGUUGUGACUUUUUUUUUUUUUUUUUUUUUUUUUUUUUGAGACAGGGUCUCAUUCUGUUGCCCAGGAUGGAGUGCAGUUGCACAGCCUUGGCUCAUUGCAAACCCUACCUCCUGGGCUCAAGCAAUCCUCCUGCCUCAGCCUCCCAAGCAGCUGGGACUUUGCAUCACCAUGCCCAGCUAAUUUUUGUAUUUUUUAGAGGUAGGGUUUUUGUCAUGUUUCCCCAGCUGAUCUCCAGCUCCUGGGAUCAGGUAAUGUGCCCACCUCAUCCUCUCAAAGUGCUGGGAUUACAGGCAUGAGCCAGUAAUGACUUUAGACAAGUUAGGAGAGUGCCUAGCAAAGUACCUGGGACAUAUGUAGGUUUUCUGUAAAUCUUUGUGACCUUUGGCCCCAUUGUGAGGAGAGACUGAACAUAUAUUACUCCAUACUAGAAAUAAUUAACCAUCUAUUUGAUUUGGCUUUCAAUGUAGAGUGCUGAGCUUUUUUCUUAAAGUGCUAGUAAAGCCAGUCCUCAUUAAAAAUACAGUUAGAUGAGGUUUGGUGCGGUGGCUCAUGCUUGUAAUCCCAGCAGUUUGGGAGGCUAAGGUGGUCGGAUCACAAGGUCAAGAGAUCGAGACCAUCCUGGCCAACAUAGUGAAACCUCAUCUCUACUAAAAGUACAAAAGUUAGCUAGGCGUGGUGGCACACACCUGUAGUCCCAGCUACUCAGGAGGCUGAGGCAGGAGAAUCACUUGAACCCGGGAGGCAGAGGUUGCAGUGAGCCAAGAUUGCGCCACUGCACUCCAGCCUGGGCAACAGAGCAAGACUCUGUCUCAAAAAAAAAAAAAUAGAUGAGUCAGCAAAGCAAGUUAUUUCAAGAUUUGAAGAAACAUGAGACAAAACAACUUUUUGAGUAAUACUUUAACAUAUGAGAUUUGUCAGUUAGCAGUUGAAAACCUUGUACUUUAUCAUUUGUCCCUUAACCAUGGCCCACCAUGGAUAAAAGAUUAGCGACUUUGACAUAGGGCAAAAUGAAGAGUUUCUAAAGAGUCAAAUUAUUAUUGCUUUCAUUUCAUAAACCACAUUGUUAAAUUCAUUUGUGUGUUUGGCAUGGGUAUGCACACAUGUAUGUGUUUCCUAGGUUAAGCAAUUAGGAAAAGCAUAUUAUGAAAUAUGACAUAGACACAAAAAAGUUUAUUAAAAAUGUGUAUGUGGAGCCAGGUGCCAUGGCUCACGCCUGUAAUACCAGCACUUUGGGAGGCCGAGGUGGGCAGAUCACCUGAGGGCAGGAGUUCGAGACCAGCCUGACUAAUAUGGCGAAACCCUGUCUCUACUAAAAAUACAAAAAUUAGCUGGCCGUGGUGGCAGGCGACUGUAGUCCCAGCUACUUGGGAGAUUGAGACAGGACAAUUGCUUGAACCUGGGAGGCGGAAGUUGCAGUGAGCUGAGAUUGUGCCACUGCACUCCAGCCUUGGCGACAGAGCAAGACUCUGUCACAUAAACACACACACACACAAGUCCUUAUAUCAGUGAAGUUACUGAACUCCAUAAAAAUAACUAACUUCCACAAUGGUGCACAUCACUUGAUUAGUACAGUUGAAUUCUUUAUAACAACUUUCUGAUAGGCUCUUAUUGAGAGCUUCACUAGUUAAGUUUUCUUUCUCAAUGCCAGGUCUGACAGGUCAGUUUCAGCUCAACUCUGCCAUGCAUUAACUGUGAGACUGUGUUAACCUCUGUCUCUGCCCUUCAAUAUUUUCAAGAGUAAAAUGAGGAUAAUCAUAGUACUUGCUUCAUAGGCUUGUUCUAAAUACUGAGAUAAUGUUUUAACACAGUGCCUGGUCCACAGUGAAUGUUAAAGAUGUAGAAAGUUCAGAAAAUGGUAAUCUUAUUAGUUGAAGGUAGACCCAGAAAGUACUUUCUUAGACUAAGGAAGUUUUGAUUUUGCUUCUAAAAGGAUAUACUGUGUUAACUUACUUGGACGGUUUCUGAACUAACAACUUUUUAGCGGAAAACAAGCUGCUUGGGGUAGAGGAGAAGGAGGUGGGGUUGACAGUGCUCGAUAAGAGAGAAAUUCUUUAACCUUUUUUGUGUGUGGUAUGACAUUUCUUUUGAGGAAACUGAUCCAAGGUACAUCAGUGCUACCGUUUCCUCAUAGUAAACACUUUCUUUUCCAAGUUAUAAAGUGAUAGUGAAAGGUUCAAUAUUAACGAGGAUGGACCUCAAAGCUCAGGUUCCUUUCUGUAAAAUGAAGAUCUCUUCUGGAGCCUGUUUAUAUAACGAAGCAGAAAUAGAAAACACUGGCAUUUAUUAAAAAUGGCUCUCUCCCAAAGGGGAUUGUUUAAUUAUAUGAUGUAUGAUUCUAAUUAUAAGACUGGUUUCCACAACUCACACCAGAAAAUUCACUCAACAAACAUAAUGACCCUCUUUUUUUCCUCCCUAAGAAAACUGUGUUUUACAACAUUUUGAAGCACACAGUAAACUUAAUUAUAGAGCGAGCUUUAUAUAAAAACAUACACAGCUUUUUAAAUAAGACUUUUUAAAUUCAAAUUUUAAAAGCUGUGCCCCUAAAUGUUCAUUGUGGUUGUGAUAAACAUAAGAACGUUUAGAAAAUCAAUACACGAUUCAAGCUGUUAGAAACCAUGCCACCCUCUUAAAACACAUUUUUCCGGUGUCACAUCAGAUAAAGAAAACUCAAAUCCAGUGCCCUUUGGAUUUCAAGUUACCUUUGGGAUAAAUUUGGUUAAAAGUGUGCACUUAACCAGUCAGAAAGGACAGAUAUGUAAUUAUUCAAACAAAAAUUUACCUCAUAAAUAUGUCUGGAGGUAAGUACUGAAUCUAUUGUAAGUGGUACAUUUCAUAGGCCUGGUACAAGCUGUAACCACUAUUGGCUAAAAUUAGGUGUCUGCUUGCUCUGGAGAUACUUCUGAUAAUCGCCUACCAACUAUUGCCUGAUUUCAGCCAUCUUCCACGUGGCCAAGGAAGGAGUUGUGUAAACUACUCUGGGGUCAUGUCAGUCUCUGACUUUUGCCUCAAAUGUGCAGAUAAGAGAAGUGGAAACAGCCAGUCCUUGUACAGAUUGGCGGGGGAGGGGAGGGCAGUGCCACCCAAUCAGAAGCAUAGUCAGUGCCCGUGGAACAAUGAGCUGCUGAUGAGGGUGUGGCCUGGCAAACAGCUCUUAGACAAAACUGACAUUUUAUGGGUCAGCUAUAGACAGACAUGGCACUUCAGCUGUCUUCAGAAUAAUGUCACCCGGACCCCUCUCCUGUCUUCUGCAGUCUUAAAAGACCCAGUCCCUAAUUGAGGUCUGGCUUUUCCUCAGCCAGAUGAAGUAAAGAAGACCUAUUUAGAGACUGCUUCCUGUCACCACAAAAUCCUGAACAUUCGUCUCGAACAUGAAGCCUCCAAGAGAAGAAUUCCAGAACUGGACCAUAAGCAGAACCAUAGCUUAUUUACCAGAUCUCAUUGUCUACGGACGUUUCUCCCCAGACCGACCCUUCAUAGAUUCUUUUGAUGGAGUCCUGAUGUUUGUUGAUAUUUCAGGUUUUACUGCAAUGACUGAGAAGUUCAGUACAGCCAUGUACAUGGACCGAGGGGCUGAGCAGUUGGUGGAGAUCCUCAAUUACCACUUAAGUGCAAUCGUGGAGAAAGUGUUGAUUUUUGGAGGAGACAUCCUGAAAUUUGCAGGCGAUGCACUCCUAGCCCUGUGGAAGGUUGAGCAAAAGCAGCUGAAAGACAUUAUCACAGUGGUAAUUAAAUGUAGCCUGGAGAUCCAUGGAUUGUUUCAGACCCAGGAGUGUGAAGAAGGCCUAGAGAUCCGAGUCAAGAUAGGACUGGCUGCUGGCCACAUUAGCAUGCUGGUCUUUGGAGAUGAAACACAAAACCACUUUCUGGUGCUUGGUCCGCCAGUAGAUGAUGUGCGCCUUGCACAGAGUAUGGCUCAGACGAAUGAUGUUAUUCUGUCACCAAACUGCUGGCAGCUCUGUGACCGGAACAUGAUUGAAACGGAGAGGAUUCCAGACGAGAAAGCAGUUAAGGUUAACUUCUUAAAACCACCUCCUCACUUUAACUUUGAUGAAUUUUUCACGAAGUGUAUGACCUUCAUGAAUUAUUAUCCUUCUGGUAAGCCCAGAAACAUCCUGAGGCUUGCGUGCACAUUGAAGCCUGAUCCUGAACUGGAGUUGUCCCUACAGAAGUAUGUGAUGGAAAGCAUUUGGAAGCAGAUCGAUGACAGACAGCUUCAGGGCUAUUUGUCUGAGCUUCGCCCAGUGACGAUUAUGUUUGUGAACCUGAUGUUUAAAGAUGAAGAGAAUGCAGAAGAGGUAGGCCCAGCCAUCCAGGAUGCCUGUGUACACAUCAUUUCAGUCUUGAAGCUCUUCCGAGGCCAAAUCAAUAAAGUCUUCAUGUUUGACAAGGGCUGCUCCUUCCUCUGUGUCUUUGGCCUCCCUGGGGAAAAGGUACCUGACGAAGUCACUAAUGCUCUGGAAUGCGCUAUGGAUAUAUUUCACUUCUGCUCUCAAGUCCACAAAAUCCAAACUGUAUCCAUCAGCGUUGCCAGUGGAACUGUCUUCUGUGGGAUCGUUGGACACACUUUGAGACACGAGUACACAGUCAUUGGUCAAAAAGUCAACAUAGCUGCCAGGUUGAUGAAUUACUUCCCAGGAAUUGUGACCUGUGACUCUGUCACCUACAAUGGGAGCAACCUACCAUCAUACUUGUUUAAAGAAGUUCCGAAGAAAGUUAUGAAAGGUGUUGGAGAUUCUGGACCAUUCUAUCAGUGUUUGGGCCUUAAUGAGAAAGUCAUGUUUGGUGUGUCAUAUGUCAUCUGCAACAGAAAUGAGGGCUUCCCUUUGCUGGGACGUGAUAAAGAGAUCAAAUACUUCAUUGAUACUAUGAAUGAAUUUUUGACGUCUAACAGCAGCCAAGUCUUAAUGUAUGAGGCAUUAAUGGGAUAUGGAAAAACCAAGAUACUUACGGAAAUUGGGUACCUGGCCCACGGUGAGAACCACAAUGUUAUUGCCAUUGAAUUGACUAAGAUGAGCUUCCAUCAGCCUUUCCACACCAUCCAGAUGCUCGUAGCCAGUGUCCUAGGCCUGGGAACUUGUAAACAUUAUAAAGAACGGCAGACCAACCUUCGAAAUAAAGUCAUGACACUGUUGGAUGAAAAGUUCUACUGUCUUUUUAAUGACGUUUUCCUUGUUCAGUUCCCUGUUUCUCAGGAGAUUUCCAGUAUGAGCACCUUGAAAAAGCAAAAGCAGUUGGAAGUAUUGUUUAUGAAGAUCUUGGAGCAGACUGUGAAAGAGGAAAGGAUUAUUUUUAUCAUUGAUGAGGCCCAAUAUGUGGAUCCGACCUCCUGGGCAUUUAUGGAGAAGCUUAUCCGGACUGUUCCUAUCUUCAUCAUUAUGUCCCUGUGUCCCUUCGUUGACAUUCCCUGUGCAGCUGCCACUGCCAUAAUGAAGAACAGGAACACCACCUACAUCAGCAUUGGUCCAAUACAGCCUGAUGACAUCUACACCAAGGUCUGUCUGGACCUCAAUGUAAGCAGGAUCCCCAAAGAACUGGGCUCGUACCUGGUGGAGAAAAGCAGUGGGAUUCCAUUUUACUGUGAAGAAUUGCUUGAAAGCCUAGAACAUCACAAUGUACUCGUUUUCCAACAAAUGGAGUCUGAGGAAAAGACAAAUAUGACCUGGAAUAGCCUGUUCCAGAAUUUCAUUAAGCCAACAGAGAAGUUAAAAAUGUCUACUUCCCAUAGUGAUAGGAAAGGUGAAAAAGUCUGUCACCCCACAAGUGGGGUCAGAUUGCAAAACAUGUCACCCCCAGCGCCAUUAAAAGAAAUCUCUCUGGUCCAGCUGGAUAGCAUGAGCGUUUCCCACCAAAUGCUGGUGAGAUGUGCUGCCAUCAUUGGCAUGACCUUCACUACUGAGCUGUUGUUUGAGAUUCUCCCCUGUUGGAAUAUGAAGAUGAUGAUCAAGGCCCUGGCAAUCCUAGUAGAUUCUAACAUUUUUUAUUGUUUCCGGACUGGCAAGGAGCUUCAAAUGGCUCUGAAACAGAACGAGGCCUCAUUUGAGGUGCAUUAUCGCUCCUUGUCUCUGAGGCCCAGUGAAGGGAUGGAUCACAAGAAAGAGGAAGAGCUUCGUGAACUGCAGAGCGAAGUGAUCAAGUGCCACAUCAUCCGAUUCUGUAGCCCUAUCAUGCAGAAAACAGCCUAUGAGCUGUGGCUCAAGGACCAGAGAAAAGCCAUGCAUUUGAAAUGUGCCCGCAUUUUGGAAGAAAAUGCCCACAGAUGUGACCACUGCCGAAACAGGGACUUCAUUCCCUAUCACCACCUUACAGUGAAUAUUCGGCUCAACGCUUUAGACGUGGAUGCUGUUAAGAAGAUGGCUAAGUCUCGUGGAUUUCAAACUGAAGAAGAACUCAUCUUUUCCGAAUCAAAGAUUCCUAAGAAAUCUUCAUUGUUUCCUGAAAACCCCAGUCCAACAGAAAUAAGAAAAACGAUCUUGAAUUUCUUUGACAACAUUAUAACAAGAAUGAAGACAUCUGAUGAAGACAUUAUCCCUCUGGAGUCUUGCCACUGUGAAGAAAUCCUAGAGAUUGUCAUUUUGCCUCUGGCCCACCAUUUUCUGGCUUUGGAAGAAAAUAACAAAGCCUUGUAUUACUUCUUAGAAACCGUAUCUGCUUAUCUCAUCUUGCAUGAUAACUACAUGGCACACAGGUAUUUAAAUGAAGGAGAGAAGUUGCUAAAAACUCUCAAGAAGGACAAAUCUUGGAGCCAGACAUUUGAGUUUGCCACUUUUUACAGCCUCAAAGGUGAGGUCUGUUUCAAUAUGGGCCUGACAGUGCCUGCCAAGAAAAUGCUGAGGAAGGCGCUGAAGCUCCUCAACCGAAUCUUUCCUUACAACUUAAUCUCCUUGUUUCUCCAUAUCCACAUUGAGAAAAACAGACACUUUCAUUAUAUGAAUCAGCAGGCCCAAAAGAGCUCACCUCCAGGGAAGAAGAGGCUGGCACAACUUCACCGGCAAACUGUCUGCCUCUCCUUGCUGUGGCGCAUCUAUAGCUUAAAUUAUUUUUUUCCCUGCAAGUAUUAUGCCCACCUGGCAGUUAUGAUGCAAAUGAAUACUGCACUGGAAACUCAAAAUAAUUUCCAGAUCAUUAAGGCUUACCUAGACUAUUCGCUAUACCACCAGCUGGCUGGCUACCGGGGCGAGUGGUUCAAAUAUGAAGUCAUGGCCCUGGAGCAGCUCUUCAACCUCCCCCUGAAAGGCGAGGGCAUUGAAAUUGUGGCAUACAUCGCUGAUACACUGGUCUUCAACAAGCUCAUAAUGGGACACCUGGACUUGGCCACUGAGUUAGGCACCCGAGCCCACCGGAUGUGGGCACUGCUCCAGAAUCCCAGCCGACACUGUCUGUCCCUCUGCAGACUUACCCAAUGUCUCCUUUUGAAAAGCAGAUACAUGCAAUUGAUCCAGGUGCUGGAGUGUCUGUGGGAUCUUUCUGUAACACAGGAACACAUCUUGAGCAAGGCAUUUUUCUACUUCGUCUGCUUGGACACUAUGCUUUAUUCUGGUUUUGUUUAUAGAACAUUUGAAGAAUGUUUGGAAUUCAUAUACCAAUAUAAAGACAACGGAAUCCUCAAGUUCCAGAGUGGACUCCUCCUGGGACUUUAUUCGUCUGUGGCUCUCUGGUAUGCCAGACUUCAGGAAUGGGACGACUUUUACAUAUUUUCCAGUACAGCUAAAAAUCUGUUGCCAAGAAGAACCAUAACGCUUAUGUACUAUGAAGGACUGUCCAGGUACAUGGAGGGGCAAGUUCUUCAUCUUCAAAAGCAAAUCAAAGAACACUCAGAGAAUGCCCAUGAUAAUGGAAAGGAGCUCCUCAAGAACUUGGAGAAUCUGGUGGGUCAAAAUACCACUGGCCCUGUCUUUUACCCGAGGCUCUACCACCUGAUGGCUUACAUCUGUAUAUUAAUGGGAGACAGGCAGAACUGUCGCCUCUUUCUGAACACAGCGCUGCAGCUCUCUGACACUCAGGGGAAUGUGCUGGAGAAAUGCUGGCUGCAGAUGAGCACAGAAUGCUGGUACUCAACCUCUGAGUUAAAAGAAGACCAAUGGCCUCAGACGAUCUUGAGUCUCCCAUCAUGGGAAGAAAUUGUAACAGGCAGGGUAAACAUUCAGGAUAUUCAAAAAAACAAAUUCCUGAUGAGAGUUGAUACCGUGGACAAUCAUUUCUAUCAUGUCAAAGAAAAAAGAUAUGCAAAAGCAAAGCUGUGCAUUUUUUCUCCUGGUAACAUAAGUGAGUUCCACAAAGGAGGUUGGACAGACUCAGAUGGCACCACGAGGUUAACCACAGAGCCCUGCUGGCCUGGCAUGGAGGGAAGAGCUCCAAGCUAAGAAAUCAGAACAUAAGCUCUGCCAUAGACGCACUUGAUUCCUGCCUGAUACAUAUUCCCUGCCUGAUAAACAUAACCUCCCUAUUUUAGUGCAUUUUUGUGAGUAUUGAAUAAAAUAGUGAAGGUUAAAAAGUGUUGAAAAGUACAGUGUGGCAGACAAAUGAAAGAAACUGAUAUUAGACAGAUGACUGAUUUUAAAAUAAACACGUCAAAUACUAAACUUCGAUAAGCGCUGUCCCUUCAAGCUGUCAUCUGGAAGCUGUGUGUUCUCCCCAUGCUGCGACAUAGAAACCCCUUGCUUUCUAACGGCCUUAUUU